AUGAGAUCUCUCCGACCGGCACCAUACCAUUCGUUAACGACACACCUUCGAUGUGAUAUUUCCUUCCGCAGAACAGCAUAUUUCAAAAGAUUAGGCUUGAAUCCGAAAUUGUGUGAUACGAUAUGUUCUGAUAUUAGUUCGGGUUCAUGGCCUGUGAGAGCAUUGCUUACUACAAGUAAAGGUGUAUUCACAUCCACACUUCUUCGUCAAGAACUUUCCAAGACCGAUAGCAAGCCAGGUCCUUCGGCCUCACCAUCCCCAUCCUCUUUGGCCUCCACAAUCUCUCCAAACCUCCAAAACGAAGUCGCGGAGGAGUUGAUCGAGGAGCUCAAACUCAUCUUUAUCCGGUUCCCAAAGGAUACCUGGCUGCCCAUCAGCGACAUCUACAACGAAAUUUCAAUCAAGAUGCGAAAGGAGUUUGUCCGACCGCACCGCACCCUUUACCAGGUCCUGCUAAAAGCACAGUCGAGACUGCAGAUCCAUUUGGACCCGACAGGUAUUUCCUGCGCACACGGAAACCUCCCAUUAGAGACGCCUGCGAAGAAGACCAAUCCCAGUGCUGAAGUCAACAAGACCAGUCCUCCCCCAACCAAAGAACCCCCCGAAGAAGAAAAAAAGAUCCCUCAGACGCAUCCGCCGCCGCUUCCUGACCCGCUGCCGGCCACCGCCACCAUGAAUACUCUAAUGGGGAGCCUUCACGUGGACUUUUACUACAACGUCGGCCUCAGGGAAAUCCCCCCACCACCGGCGGACUUUAACGUGACCCCUUCUUCCCUACAGAAAGCGCAGUCUACCGAAGAUGGGGCCGUGCUUUCCCUGCGCGAUUUCGUCCCCUUCAUCCCGCCCUUUUUCGUCCCGCUCGACGAGGUGCUGCGGCAUAUUGUGGGGUACACCGAGGAGCACAUUCUCAGCUACCUCAACAUGAAAGCGAUGGAAAUGGUGCAGAUCGCAGGGGAAAAGUAUAUUCGGCUGUACGGCGGCUACGCGAAUAUCUCUCUGGAGGGCUGUGAAAGCGCUGAGGAGGUCUUCAAAAAGUACAAACCCAAGUUGGAGCUCCUCUCUGCUUUCGUAAAAGCCUUUGAUGGGAUUUACGAUAAAUGGAUGCCACUUAAAAUGCUCCUGCACAAGGCCGACCCCGUGGCAGUGGCGCAGUUAAAUCCUAAAGGCCCUGCCUCGAUUGUUUACUUUGCUCAGAUGCAGCACGUCUUUAGUUUUUCAGUCGUUGGUGGCCGAAGCGACGACGCGGAGGACGAACUUUCUUCAUCGGUGCUGCUGCGGAAGCAGCCCUACACCGGACUUACAUAUGAGACGACGCCAACCCCAAAGAGUUUGAAUUUUAUCCUUCAACGUGUGCCUAUUGAAGGAAGUUUGGAUAUUCACAUAAUACAAAAUCAACUCCCGUUAUCUUUACAAAAAGAAAUUGACUCAUACUACGGCAAUCUUAUCAGCUUUUUCAACGCACAUGUCUCAAAUUUCUUUCUCAUGGAAAACAACACGGUGGUGAUGCGGACCAGAUACCGGAACCGCAUGCAGAUGGCCUCUCUUCCACUUGAAGAACAACUCAAAAUUGCCUACAACAAUAGGGAUAAGAAAAAGAUACGGUCUAUUCGCAGACGUAUUGCGUUUCGCGACAACCCCUCCCACCCAUUCCACGACCCCGACAACUUAGUUCGCGAGCUGGCUAAGUAUUUGCCACAUCGCGGCUUUGUCACAUUGAAGUCGUUUCUACGUACGAAUAUCCCGGAUGAGAUACUUUUCUUCAUGCCCUCAAAAAUAAACAAUUUUUUCGCUAAUUAUCCACAGUACUUUCAGCAUUUUGAGUACCAAAUCCCUGGUACGUGGUGCAUUAGCCGUCCAGGGCAACCAUUGCCACGCGGCGUCAUUCGCCAGCAAUUUUCAGAGGAUGAUCUUUUGCGGCUCGUUGGAGAAUAUGUGCAGCGCAAUAGUUCACCAAGGUCCUGUUCAUGUAUUUAUCUGAAUAUGCCACACGGUGCACAAGAGGUUAUCCGGAAGCGGCAUGGCGGUUUAUAUUACUUUAUCAAGAAAUACCCACAGUACUUCAAUAUUGUUCUUGGCUCGGAUACGGGGAACAUGAAAAGCGCUGCGAUAGUGCAUCUGGUCUCGCCCCCGCCUACUCAAAACAGAGAGGAGGCAGCUGGAGAGUCCAUGUAUGAACUAAGUAAUAGUGAACAUAAUUAUGAUGAAGGUCAUAGUAACGAUAAUGAGAAGUUUGACCACGAUCUCUGA